CUACACGGGGCCCCUGUUGGAGGAGGAAGCACUGAACAAGGCAGCAGAAAAUGGGUUGUCUUCACCAGAGUUUUUCGAGCUUUGCGUUUGGUUAGGUUCCCAAAUAAAGUCGCUGUGUAAUAUGGAAGAAAGCAUUACGUCGACAGAUGGUCAUAAAGAUGUAGAGAGCUUCCAGCUUGAGAUUAGUGGCUUUCUGAGAGAAAUGGCUUGUCCGUAUUCAUCACUUAUAUCUGGAGACAUCAAGGACAGAUUAAGAGAGAAGGAAGAUUGUCUUAAACUCCUCUUAUUUCUAAGUACAGAACUUCAAGCUUUAAAGAUAUUGCACAGCAAGAAAGUGAAAAGCUCUCCUUUGGAAAAGCACAGUGAAGUUUAUCAGGAAGUGCAAGCUAUCUGUGACACACUGGGCCUGCCCAACUCCUCAUCUUCGGAUGUUCCUCCCUUGUUAACCAACAUAGAACAAAAGAUAAAGGACAUUCUCUCAAAAGUUCAAAAUAACCAUGUGGGGAAAUCGCUGCUAACAAAACCUCUGAAUUCCGACCAAGUGGAAAGAUUGGAAAAAAUCAACGAUGCUCUUCGGAGCGAGUACGAGUGUCGGCGCCGUAUGCUGAUGAAGAGGCUGGAUGUGACGGUGCAGUCGUUCGGCUGGUCUGACCGGGCGAAGGUAAAAACAGAUGACAUAGCACGAAUCUAUCAGCCCAAGCGCUACGCGUUAUCUCCCAAGUCAACUAUUACGUUAGCCCACCUUCUUGCUGCUCGAGAGGAUUUGUCAAAGAUCAUAAGAACAAGUAGUGGAUCAACACGAGAGAAUACAGUCUGUGCCAUCAACAAGGUUCUUAUGGGGAGAGUACCUGACCGUGGAGGCAGGCCAACAGAGAUUGAACCACCUCCUCCUGAAAUGCCUCCCUGGCAAAAACGACAA